GUCUCGACACUGAUAAACGUAUAUUUUGUCAAGGAAAGUAUUUUAGAUUCAGAAACGACCGUGCAUCAAGAAAGCAUCCUUGCAUCUUACAUAAUACACUAUUAAGUCCAUAAUAGAAUAGAAAAGGGCGCUGAAAUAAAUCCGUUUCCAAUACUCUUUGUAAUUUGAGAUGAUCGGCUUGGCAUAGCCGUAUGGGACUCCUGGCUACUCUGAUAUGUGUCACCAAGAAGUAGCGCUGAUCUGUGAUGUGAUCCGGUGGGUGAAAAAGGUUGCGAGAAGAUCAGAUCAAAUGGAUUACGAAGGAGAGAAAAAAAGCGCCAAUGUUAUUUUUGACGCCAUCGUCUCCUUACAAGCGCCGGCGACGCUUCGCAAAAUCCCUCGUGAAUUCGCCGAUAGCGUGUCCCAGAAAUACGAAAAUCAAGUCUCGUCGUGCAGCUUGAUUUCGAUCGCAAGUAGACACACACAGGAUGUGACAAGCACGAGAGCCGGGGGUAUGUACAGCCAAUCAGUGGUUUUUCCUAGACUGGCUGUCAUUCAGUCAGCCAAGUGGAAGGACAGGAACGGCUUGUGGUUCGGCUUUCGCAUUAUUCAUUAUGCAGCUCACAACACGCCGUCACCUGCCACCGCAGUCCUGCAUACACAGUUAGGUCGGGAUUGACCACACACGCGUAAUAUGUAUGUAUAUGUAUAAAUGCGAUCAAGAAUGUGUAUAUGUGCAUGUGUUUGUCUAAGCCUAUGAUAGAAAUAAGUACGUCUUCAGAUGUAUAGUUGCCAUAAUAUCGAACCAUAAUAUCG